UUCUCGGGCUCUUCCCAACCCUUCCUGCCCUUCUGACCCAUGGGCCUCACCUGGCCGGGUGGCUCUAAGACUUCUUCAUACUUUUGUCCCCUCGCUCCCCUGGCCCCGUCGGUGCAGCAGCCCAACCCUUCCUGCUAUUUGCCUGUCACUCUUCAGCCCCCCGCCUCCUACCCUCUGAACGGGUUGACAGAAUCCUCUUCCUACUCUUUUUAAACUACAAUUCCUGGCCGGCGCGGUGACUCAUGCCUGUAAUUCCAGCACUUUGGGAGGCCAAGGCGGGAGGAUUACUUCAGGUCAGGAGUUUGAGACCAACCUGGGCAACAUGGUGAAACCCCACUCUCUACUAAAAUGCAAAACUUAGUCAGGCAUGAUGGCGGGCGCCUAUAAUCCCAGCUACUGUGGAGGCUGAGGCACGAGAAUCUUGGGGAAAAAAGACCGCGAAACUGUAAUUCCUGGCUGAGGUGCGCUUUGUACGUUUUUCUUAGCUGACCUGAGCCCAAUUUACGUCAAGACUUGGCCUCUUGGUCUCCUCAUCCCAAAUGGUCACUUUUUUCCCCCAUCCCCUCUUUGAGGGAAGUAGAUGGCCUUGGUUCUCUUCACCCUGGACAAGGCGUGUGAGCUCAGAUUUCCCUGUAAGGCAACAUGGGUUCUUGCCUGCCACUCUGGCCACCUGCCGUGUCCAUUGUAGCCUGUGCCUCAGUGAGGUCCUUAGGAGGGCAAGAGGUGACUAUUUUUCUAACCAUGUAGGGAGCCAGGGAAUGCCAGCUAGAGAUGGGCUUGGAUGGAUGCCAGCAGACCCCUGUGUAGUUGUGGUUCAAAGAACAAUGUGAAACCACACAGGUUACAAAGUGAGUACAGAAAGACCUCUAGACGGCUGCAGGCAUUUUUGCCUUUUUCUUUUAGCUGGUGUGAUGGGGCGAGAUUAGGGGAUGGGACGAGGAGGGUGGAUACUUUGAACUGAACAGACAAAUCUGACUUCUCACAGCUUGUUCUGUGGGAGAGUGUGGGUCCAAUUGCUUGUUGUUUUUUCCUGUCCCUGGGAAUAUCCCUGCCAGCAUUAGGGCCCUGCACACUGCCCUAUUUGCUUCAAAACUUCUUUCCCCAACCUGGUUGACCACACCAUGACAAGACCUAGUUAUGCUUGAGCAGGCAUUGGGCUCCAGAGACAGGGUCUCGCUAUGUUGCCCAGGAUGGCCUUGAACUCCUGGUCUCAAGCAAUCCUCCCUUGUCAGCCUCCCAACGUGCUGGGAUUACAGGAGUGCACCACUGCAUCAGAUGAGGCACCAAGGCUCAGCCUGUCCAGGAUGACACAGCUGGUUUGUGGAUACCCCCUGGUUGGGCUUCAUGGAGAAAUCUUCUUUGAUCACCAACCUGAAUCCCAGAGUAGCCUCCAUCUUUUCAUGGACAGAAUGAGAGGCCUUCUGUAACCAGAUAUAACUGACCACCAUGAGGAAAUUGAUCAGGAUGGGGCCUCAAGAGAGGCGGUUAUUCCGGACAAAGCGGCUUCAUUGGAGUCGCCUCCUCUUCCUACUGGGAAUGUUGAUCAUCGGUUCUACUUAUCAGCACCUUAGGAGACCUCGGGGCCUUUCCUCAUUGUGGGGAGCAGUUUCUUCUCAUCAGCCUGUAAAACUGGCCAGCCGGGACCUCCCCAGUGAAGAGAUGAUGAUGGCGAGCAGCGACCCUCCAAAACCUAGCUCUGAAAUGCGGGGUGAGAUGCUGGUACCUCAAGCCUCAGUGGACAGUGAUGAAGCCACACUGAGCAUAACAGUGGGGAAUAUCCCCAAUAUACCUAAAAGAACAGCCAAGAUGAUCUCAACAACAACCAAGAAUAACUACAGCCCAACAGCAGCAGGUACAGAAAGAAGGAAGGAAAACACCCCAACAUUCAGUAGAACACUGACUUACUACACACCAACUUCAAGCAGACAAAUAGUAAAAAAAUAUACCCCGACAUCCAGGGGAGAAGUGAAGAGCUACAGCCCAACUCAAGCCAGCGAAAAGGUGAAGUACACUCCUUCUCCACGUGGUAGAAGAGUAGGCACUUAUGCUCCAUCCACAUUCAUGACAAUGGAAACAAGCAUGAUCACCCCCAGGACAACAGUGAAGGACAGUGACAUUAUGGCAACCUAUAAAAUACUGGAAACCAACUCUCUUAAGAGAAUGGAGGAAACCGCCCUAACCACUCUAAAGGGAAUGGUAGAUAGCACCCCACCUUAUCUGACAUAUGAGGUAGAAACAAACGUUUUGACUUCUCCAAGGAACAUCGUGGAAAAAAACAACCUGACUCCCCCCAGAAGAAUGGAAAAUAACAGCUCAACCCAUCCCUGGGGGUUAGUGGGAAAGAACAACCUGAUGACUCAGGGAACAGUCCUGACACAUACCCCAGCCACCUCUGAGGGGCAGGUGACAAUAAGCACCAUGACAGGCAGCAGUCCAGCAGAAACCAAAGCCUCCACUGCUGCCCGAAGUGUUAGGAAUCCCUCACCCGGGACCAGUGUAUCAGCCAUCGAAACAACCCCAGCCACAGUCUGGAGGUUGGCAAAGAAACCUUCCACAGCACCCAGCACCUCAGCAACCCCCAUGGUCAGGGCAAAGCUGACCACGCAGGUUCAUCACUGUGUGGUUGUGAAGCCAACCCCAGCCAUGCCCACCACUCUCUCCCCAAGCCUCUCAACAGCCCUGCUCCCAGAGGAGCUCAGUCCCAGUCCCUCAGUGCUACCUUCUAGCUUGCCAGACCUCCACCCCAAGGGAGAGUACCCCCCAGAUUUGUUCAGUGUGGAGGAGCGGCGGCAGGGCUGGGUGGUCCUGCACAUUUUCGGCAUGAUGUACGUGUUUGUAGCCUUGGCCAUUGUUUGUGACGAAUACUUCGUUCCAGCCCUGGGUGUCAUCACAGACAAGCUGCAGAUCUCCGAGGAUGUGGCAGGUGCCACAUUCAUGGCUGCUGGAGGCUCCGCCCCCGAGCUCUUCACUUCCCUCAUCGGUGUCUUCAUUUCCCACAGCAACGUGGGCAUCGGAACCAUUGUGGGGUCUGCUGUGUUCAACAUUCUCUUUGUCAUUGGCACUUGUUCCCUCUUCUCCCGAGAGAUCCUCCACCUCACCUGGUGGCCCUUAUUCCGUGAUGUCUCCUUCUACAUCCUUGACCUGAUAAUGCUCAUCCUCUUCUUCCUGGACAGCCUCAUUGCCUGGUGGGAGAGCCUGCUGCUGCUGCUGGCCUAUGCCUUCUAUGUGUUCACCAUGAAGUGGAACAAGCAAAUCGAAGUCUGGGUGAAGGAGCAGCUCAGCAGGAGGUCAGCGGCCAAGGUCAUGGCUUUAGGAAACCUCAGCAAGCCAGGCGAUGGGGCCGUUGCAGUGGAUGAGCUACAGGAUAACAACAAACUGAAGCUCCCAUCCUUGCUGACCCGAGGGAGCAGCUCGACCUCUCUGCACAACAGCACCAUCCGCAGCACCAUCUACCAGCUCAUGCUCCACAGCCUGGACCCCCUGAGGGAAGUUCGCCUCGCCAAGGAGAAGGAGGAGGAGAGCUUGAAUCAAGAGGCCAGAGCCCAACCCCAAGCCAAAGCAGAAAGCAAACCAGAAGAGGAGGAGCCAGCCAAGCUCCCUGUGGUCACGGUCACAUCAGCCCCUGCUCUAGACAUCAAGGGAGAUCAGAAGAAGAAUCCAGGUGGUCAGGAAGAUGAGGCUGAAGCUGAGAGCACAGGUGAAGAGGGUGAAACUGUUGGUGAAGGUGAAACCAAAGAGAAAAGUGGAGGUGAAACUCAACCAGGGAGUGAAGGUGAAACCAAAGAGAAAAGAGGAGGUGAAACUCAACCAGGGGGUGAAGGUGAAACCAAAGAGAAAAGAGGAGGUGAAACUCAACCAGGGGGUGAAGGUGAAACCGAAGAGAAAAGAGGAGGUGAAACUCAACCAGGGAGUGAAGGUGAAACCGAAGAGAAAAGAGGAGGUGAAACUCAACCAGGGGGUGAAGGUGAAACCAAAGAGAAAAGAGGAGGUGAAACUCAACCAGGGGGUGAAGGUGAAACCGAAGAGAAAAGUGGAGGUGAAACUCAACCAGGGAGUGAAGGUGAAACCGAAGAGAAAAGAGGAGGUGAAACUCAACCAGGGAGUGAAGGUGAAACCGAAGAGAAAAGUGGAGGUGAAACUCAACCAGGGAGUGAAGGUGAAACCGAAGAGAAAAGAGGAGGUGAAACUCAACCAGGGAGUGAAGGUGAAACCAAACAGAAAAUUGGAGGUGAAACUCAACCAGGGGGUGAAGGUGAAACCGAAGAGAAAAGUGGAGGUGAAACUCAACCAGGGGGUGAAGGUGAAACUGAAACACAAGUAAAAGGAGAAGGGAAAGGAGACAAUGAAGGUGAAGGUGAGGGUGAAAUCUGCACAGAAGACAGUGAAAUGAAAGGUAAUGAAGGCAAAACUGAAAGCCAGAAACUCAGAGGUGAAAAUCACGGUGAAGCCAAAAAUGAUGAGAAAGAUAUAGAAGCUGAAGGGGGAAGUGAUGGAGGGGAUAGUGAAGAGGAGGAAAAGGAGGAAGAGGAGGAAGAAAAGGAGGAGAAGGAAGAGGAAGAGGAGGAGGAGGAGGAAGAGGAGGAGGAGGAGGAGGAGGAGGAGGAGGAGGAGCAGGAGCAGGAGGAGGAGGAGGAGGAGGAAAAUGAAGAGCCGCUGUCCCUGGACUGGCCUGAAACCAGGCAGAAGCAGGCCAUUUACCUCUUCCUCCUGCCCAUCGUGUUCCCACUCUGGCUGACAGUCCCUGAUGUCCGAAGGCCGGAGUCAAGGAAGUUUUUUGUUCUCACCUUCCUGGGAUCCAUCGUGUGGAUAGCCAUGUUCUCCUACCUCAUGGUGUGGUGGGCUCACCAGGUUGGUGAAACAAUCGGGAUCUCUGAAGAGAUCAUGGGCCUGACAAUCCUCGCAGCAGGCACAUCAAUUCCUGACCUCAUCACCAGUGUGAUUGUUGCUCGAAAAGGCCUGGGAGACAUGGCUGUGUCAAGCUCUGUGGGCAGUAACAUAUUUGAUAUCACUGUGGGCUUGCCCGUUCCUUGGUUACUUUUCUCUCUUAUCAAUGGAUUACAGCCAGUGCCAGUCAGCAGCAAUGGCUUGUUUUGUGCAAUUGUUUUGCUUUUUCUCAUGCUCCUGUUUGUGAUCUCUUCAAUUGCGUCAUGUAAAUGGAGAAUGAACAAGAUCCUGGGCUUCACAAUGUUCCUCCUUUACUUUGUAUUCCUGAUAAUCAGUGUGAUGUUAGAAGAUCGAAUCAUAUCCUGUCCUGUAUCUGUCUGAGUCAGUCACUCUUGCUCACAAUGGGCAUAGAUCAGAAGACUAUGCCAGAAGUUACUGUUAUCUCUUGUGACAUUAGUGAAAGAACGUACAUGAUCCUGGAAAGUGAACUGAGUGACCAAGGACCUCUGAUGUGAAUGUGAUCUGAGACUCAGGUUUGUCCUUGGAAACACUUGCAGCUCACUGUGGAUUAAGAACCUCACCUCUGGAGGGGUGGAGUUUCUACCCGACUCAUGCAGACAUCUAUUACAUGGAGGCAGUAGAAGGACCCCCGGAGCCAGAGGGUUUUCUGAAUGAUAACUGGGGGCAAAGGUUGGGGUAGGCACAGCAGCUGUAAGACAAGCUUCUAUGCUAACCAUUCCCUGAUCAUUUCUGAAGGUCUGCUGGCCCAAAAGAUGCAGAUGUGAGAUGUGGUCUACAUCUCAGCCUUCCUGGCCUCUGCCUCAAGCACAUACUGCAAUUUUCUGUCUCCUCUCUUUCUGCUCAAAAUGUGAGGUUCUAUCAGGUUUGCAAUCACCAUAGUAGGUUCAGUUAUUGGUGAGUUUAAGGAUCCAAGGCUACAGGAAAAAAGAAGUAUAACAGGAAUCAAUGAUCAUUCCACGUUUUGUAGUCCACUCCAUCUGGAUCUAUACCAGCAUUUUCUACCUUAAAAGGAGGACUACUUUAACUCUUAUUGUUGCGUUUCUGAAAAGUGAAAUUAAACAAAGCAGCCUGAAAAAUAAACAUUUAUAAUUCACCCUUGAAUUGGAAGGAGUGGAGAUUAGGGAAGAAAACUAUUCUAGAGACUAUUUAAAAGUAUUAUUCAUUAGAACAUCCAAGUUCAUGUUGUCUCCAUCAGUGGUCACCUUGAGGAAUUGGACAUUCUAACAAAGCUGUCCUGGCUCCACCGCUCCAGCAUGUUCACACCCAACAAUGACAGUUGAGUGGAGAGGGGAGGGAAGGGAAGUCAUUCUGAAGAGUCCGAAGUCAGUAGAGCCACAUCUGCUUUAUAAAGUGAAAGAUCCAGUGGGGCAAUGCUAUUUCUGUACGUCAACCUACAUAGGAUUAUAAAGCAAGACUGAUUUUGUCUGUGGUUUAUGAAUGGAUCUUAAGAUAAUUACAAAAGGGAAAUUCCAAGAGCGCAUAACACAAUGACAACACGGUGAGAAAAGUGUAUUAUUACUUUCAAGGUAUCUAGUGUAAAGGGCACUUGAGUUUUUAAAAAUGUGGCUAAACAUUUUAUGUGGAAUUUGAUGAGUUUGUAUAUUAAAUACCACUGCUUGCUGCUUUUAUUAGAAUCAAGUUAAGGGACAUAUUAGAAAUAAAACAUUUUACUAUCACUGGCUUCAGAGCAAAAUGAGCUCAGGUGACUGCAGACUAUGAUGGCAAAUAUGGCUUUAAUUACAAACAUGAGGAAUGAGUCACUGAAGAUGAAAAGAUAGGACGGUUGUGAUGUGAAAAAAACCCAAACAUUUUGGCAUUGAACAAUGGCUAAGGUGUUCCAAGUAUUCCAUCUUUUAAGAUGAACUGGAUAAUUAAUUGCCUCGCUACUCCAGGAUUCCCAUUCUUUGGAAAAAGUUUUUAUUAAAUUUCAAUAAACUGAAUCCCAAUGGUAUUUUACUUUACAACAUGGAUGGGCUCAUCUUAUCUUUAGGUCACUUCUUCAGAAUCCUCCCAAGAAGACUGAUGAAGAGUAUGGAAUCAUCUUCCAAUUUCAUAUUCUUAAAUUAAUUGUCAUUAUCCCUAUUCCUGAUGCUGCUGCACUGCUGGGUUUCCAUAACCAUGUCCUAAGAACAGGAGGAAAGAGAAAUACCUUUGGGAGGGAGGUCCCAAACCCAAAAUUCUGGGUGCUAACAGCUGUCUGCAACCAGUUCCAGUUAGCCUCGGGGAUGUCACCUCCUCACCCACAGCCUGGGAUCUGACGCUCUUCCUCAGACUGAGAAAGGAGUGAUGAACCGCAAAAUGCUGUGUAAUGAUAAAGUGCUGGAAUAUCCACGUAAUGAUUAAAGCCAGCUCUAAUAAUCUCA